UGUUCGGGCACUCAAAAUAAAUACUUACGCUACACCACAUGGCAAAUGGCUUGGGUUGGGACAGAGAACACAGGAUAGAGUCCUUAAAUGGUUAUUUUUGUGAACUGAAAAGAAUAAUGAUAUGAGGUUUUGACGAAAAAUAAGGAGAAGAUUCUGAAGACUACGGAAAUGGUGGAAAAAGAUAGGGGAGAAUACCACCAGGUGAAGACAGGGAUGGAUACAGCUGUAAACAGUGGGGUGACCUAUCUCAACAAGGGCACAGACGACCAAAUGGAAAUCUCUGGCUACAAGGUAAACAAGAUGAAGAGGUCACUUGUAUACCUGGGUUACCUGCUGAGUGGUGGAAUUUUACCCCUGGUUUUGUACUGGUGCCCACAAUGGUACAUCAAAUGUACCCACACUGAGACUCAGCUGUCAGAAGCCACUAAAGUAUUACUCAAGGAUCAGUACGAGCGAUGGUUUGUAGCUGAGGUGGUGCUAAUCACUAGAGAUGGUACAAGAGUCAAAAUUAUUCGUCCAUCCCCAGCAUUUUUUUUCACCAAGAAACGAAGGAAUGCAUCUGCAGAUCUGUUACCAAGAGGGACUGAUGAAAACCUGUUGAGGUAUUUUAUGGUGAAGAAAGUAAAGUAUUGCUGGAAUUAUGAAUCUCAGGAAUUCCAAAAACUCAAAGGUCUGGAGGAUAUUAUGACCUGUUCUCAGCUUCAUGCUUCACAGGGUCUGUCUGUCGCCGAGGAGAGUCGCAGACGGGUCACAUAUGGUGCUAACUCCAUUGCUGUUCAUGUCAAACCAGUUUUAUACCUGUUGUUUAAAGAGGUAUUAUCGCCUUUCUAUGUGUUCCAAGCCUUCAGUGCCUCCGUGUGGUUUUCUGACGAGUAUGAAAUCUACGCGGCCUGUAUCGUCUUUCUCUCCGCUUUGUCCAUCAUUGUUUCCAUUUACCAAACCAGAAAAAUGCAAAGAGCACUUAGAAAUACCAUUCAGUCUUCUACAAUUGUCAGUGUUUGUCGUGAAAAUAAUGAGUUUGUAGAUAUUCACUCCGAUGAUCUUGUGCCUGGUGAUAUCAUUGAGAUUCCACGACGGGGGUGUAUCAUGCAGUGUGAUGCAGUAUUACUGACGGGAAACUGCAUUGUCAAUGAGAGUAUGCUUACUGGUGAGAGUGUGCCAAUCACAAAGACCCCACUUCCUAAUCCCGGGGGUGGGGGAGUGGACGGCAGCCAAUCAGAUCAUCCGGAUGUUAAGUUUAGUAUGAAGGAGAACGGGAAGCAUGUUCUGUUCUGUGGGACGGAGGUCAUCCAGACACGUUUCUAUGGCAACCAAAAGGUCAAGGCAGUGGUCAUCAGAACAGGUUUCUCUACAUCCAAAGGAGAAUUGGUCAGGUCUAUAAUGUACCCUAAACCUGCUGAUUUCAAGUUUGAGAGAGAUACCUAUAUUUUUGUUGGAGUUCUAGCCAUUAUUGCAGCCAUAGGAUUUAUAUAUACCAUUAUUCUUGAGGUGAAUGCUGGAGAGGAUACAUCGGACAUCAUUUUACACGCCCUCGACAUCAUCACAAUUGCGGUGCCCCCGGCGCUUCCUGCCGCCCUGACGGUGGGGAUAGUGUUCGCCCAACAGAGGAUGAAGAACCACCAGAUUUACUGCAUCAGCCCCAGGAGCAUCAAUGUCUGCGGGGGCAUCAACGCUGUCUGCUUUGAUAAGACAGGAACUCUAACUGAGGAUGGUCUAAUGAUGCAGGGUGUCAUACCAACCAGUGAUCAACGAUUUGAAGAUGAAGUUCUAGAUCCGAGCCUUUUAAAGUCCAGUCCACUACUGAUUGGCAUGGCGACCUGUCACUCACUGACAAUUAUAGAAGGCAGCAUUGCUGGGGAUCCACUAGAUGCCAUCAUGUUCAACAGCAUUGACUGGGUAUUAGAGGAGCCCGGAGAAGAAGAGAGUCGGUUUGAUAUGAUGGUCCCUACAGUAGUGUAUCCAGGGUCGUCUUCUCCAGUCAAGGCCAAGGAAGAUCUUCAGUAUGGAGUGGUCAGACAGUUUACAUUCUCAUCACAACUUCAACGAAUGUCAGUGGUGGCCAGGAAACUGAAAGGACAGAGCUUUGAGCUGUACACUAAAGGGGCUCCAGAGAUGAUUGUAUCCCUCUGUAAGCCCGAUACCGUCCCUCCUGACUUCCAGGAGAAGUUAAUGUCCUACACACAGCACGGCUACAGAGUCAUCGCAAUGGCGUGGAAAGAAUUACCCUCUAAAAUUAAUUAUGUCAAAGUCCAAAGAAUACAAAGGGAACAAGUAGAAAAAGAUCUGAAUUUUCUUGGCCUGCUAGUGAUGGAAAACAAACUGAAGCCAGAAACAACACCAGUGAUUAAUGAACUUAGGGAGGCUAACAUUAGAUGUAUCAUGGUCACAGGUGACAAUAUUUUAACGGCAAUCAGUGUUGCCCGGGAAUGUCGUAUGGUGGACCCUGCAGAUCAGAUCAUCUUAGUGGAGGCAGCCGUUACCAAGGACAACAGGCCCGUGUUAAACUUCGUGUAUGCAGACGAUAAGACUAAGCCAGUGGAGGAGGUUAAGAAUGGAGGCUCAGGGAGUCUGAUUCAGAUUGAGGAGCUGGACCAGGUGUUCCACUUCGCCGUGGAGGGAAAAUCCUGGUGGGUCUUACAGAAGCACUACCCAGAGAUCCUGUCCAAGGUGGUUGUCAAAGGAACUGUCUUUGCAAGAAUGUCACCAGAGCAGAAAAGUCAACUUGUAGAAAUAUUACAAGAUCUGGGCUACUAUGUUGGUAUGUGUGGGGAUGGAGCCAAUGACUGUGGAGCACUAAAGAUGGCCCACGCUGGGAUAUCUCUCUCAGAGGCAGAGGCAUCAGUAGCCUCUCCCUUCACCUCCAAAGUCCCCAAUAUAGAAUGUGUACCUAAUGUCAUCAGACAAGGUAGAGCGGCAUUAGUGACUUCUUAUGGCAUCUUCAAAUACAUGGCAUGUUACAGCUUAACACAGUUUGUGUCAGUCUCCAUACUCUACUGGAUAUCAGCCAGUCUGACUGAUCCUGAGUUCCUGUACAUUGAUCUAUUCCUCUUAUCAACUCUCAGCAUUACCUUUGGCAGGACUGAGCCUUACCCAGAACUGGCCAAGGAGCCACCACCCAUUAGUCUGACCAAUAUCUUCCCCAUCAUGUCACUGGUCCUACAGAUGAUCAUCCAGGCUUCUGUCCAGGCUUUCUUCUUCCUUCACAUUAAAUCACAGCCAUGGUUCCAGCCGUUUGUGGAGAACCCAGAUGACGACUAUUGGAGCUAUGAGAACACUGCUGUUUUCUCCAUUUCUGCCUAUCAGUACAUCAUUCUGGCUGUUACUUUUGCCAAAGGCUUCCCAUAUCGCAAAAACAUGUUCACUAACUAUUGGUUCUUGGCUAAUGUUGUGAUUUGCUUUUUGACAACAAUUUGGGUCACCAUAUACCCUGAACCUGAGGGAUUUAAAGAUUUAAUGGAGCUUCGUCCUGCUGAAGAUAUUAUUUAUCGACUUCUUUACCUUGGGAUAGCUGCUGCUAACUUCCUCUUGUCUGUGCUAAUAGAGACAUACUUGCUUGAUAACCCAUUUCUACGAAGCAAAUGUUCACAAUUCGUUGACCGCCAUUUUCAUAAAUCAGAAGCCAAGUACAAGACCAUAGAAAGGGAGAUAAUGGAGUCUCCUGACUGGCCUCCAGUGGAGAAGUCCGUGGAUGGUAAACCUAAUGGCUACAUGAGACUGGAGAGCGUGAAUUCCUGUCACAGAGGCAGCGUCUAUUACCUGUCAGGUUCAGAAUCUGACGUCAAGAGUCUGACUUCUGUUUCUUCUAACAAGGCAGCUACCAACGAAUGUCAUGAUGAAGUGGAUAAAUCCUCGUACAACCAAGGCUCCUUACCCUGCAUUGUACGAGAAUCUAAAGCUUCACCGGUGUCUACGACUGAGAGGCCGACUCGGAAAUCGCGGACAUUGAGCGAGUCAGCUGUAGACAACUCUGACGGAAAAUUGACUGACGAGGACAGUAUUCUGUCCAAUGAAAUCACUUCUUUGGCUCAAGCUCGAUCCAGGGACAAAAUCUCCAACAGUUCUAAUGUAAUACCCCUUCUUGAUCCACCCCCAAGUAGAAAGAAAAGUGUUGGAUCCCAUGAAGAUAUAGUUAUUUGAGAAUUUUUGUUUUAUUUGUUUGUCUUGUGUUUACAAUCAAUUUGUGUGUAAUUUUGCUUUCACUGAAAUGCAUAUUAUUUUUUUUUGUAAGGUCUGCUGUGAUAUUCUUUUAAGUAGAAUAUGUUUAGAUUUAACAGAAAAUAUAGCUAAAUAUAGCUAUUUAUAGUUUAUGUCAAGUUUUAUGUUCUAGUGGUUUUGUCUUUCAUCAUUUAUUUUAUCACUUUUUCCUGAAAUAAUGAAAAUAUUAUACAUGUUUUCCUUCAUACCCAUUUCUUUCUUCUCUAUUUAUACUAGUUCAAAACAAUGAUCUCAAGUUUAUUCAUUCUUUAAUGUAACUGUAGUUCAAUUUUGCAUGUAUAUGAUCUGUAGUUUUUUUUCCCCUUUAUACUCGUAGUAGAUCAGUAUUCUAUUUUUUCAAGUCAGGCUACAAGAGUCACAGACUUGUUAGAUACUUCUGGUUUUCUAUCCAGUUUCAACAUACAAUGUACUUUAUUUAAGAGCUACAGUUUAUUGUGAUUAUAAGCUUGAUUAGAUGGAGAUAAUUGGUUUUAAUUUAUAAUACCUUUAUUUUAAUACCUACAUGUACAUGUGUUCUUCUAUUACUGAUAAAACAGGUACAAUUGAAAUUCGGUAUCUUGACACUUGAUAUCUCGUAUACCACAGAUAUUUCCAGGUGAGUUGGAAAUCCCAGUUUCUCAUUGUCUAUGCAUUUUUUACCUUGAUAUGUGGAUUCUUCAGCUAUCUCUUGGUUUUUCUCAGACUCAUCAAGUUUGAAAUAAAGAGGUUUACUGUAGUUGAUUUUUGUGAAUAUUUAAACAAUAUAUUAAAGACAUUUUUACUUGUGUAUAAUAUAUAGCACAAUAUAUUCAUUUUAAUUAGGUUAAUUUAUUAGGUUUUAAUUAGGUUAAUUUAUUAAUUUUUUUCUUGUAACAGUGAACUUUCCAGGUUUUUUUUUUCUAAAGCUCAGUAGCUGAAAGCUGCAGUGGGCUUUUCUGAUCAAAUUUAUCUCUGUCCAAUAACUUUAUACAUGUAUAUAAAUCGAUGUACAACAAAAUCACACAAUUUAUAAACAUGCAUUUCUGUUUUUGACCCUGUGUAAGAAUCGAUCAAGACACAGUAUUUCAUAAAAACGUGUCAAAAUUUCAUAUCAAGCAUAAGAUAUCAUGAAGAAUAAACUUGUAUUUCGAAAAGUAAAAUGCAUGUUGAAAAGCUUGCAUUUGUCAGAUAUAUGACUCACAGGUGAGCAAUGUAUCCAAAAGGCCUCAUGUAUAACUGUAAACUUAACACAUGUAUGAUUAUGGUGAAGCUAUUUUCUAUUUAAUGUAAGAAGUAUAUUUAUAUAAUAAAAGAAGAUCCAAGAUAAAAAUUGUAAUAUUUAGAGACUGCAUGUACAGUUUCUGGAAAGACUGUGUGAAAGGUCUUCCUAAAUUACAUAGUAUUUAUGUCAAUCAAGUGUAUAAAAUGUGUUCAGUAAACAUAUAUUUUUAUAGCAUUUAUAGUCAUACAUACCAAGUUGAGGGUAAGUUCUGUCCAUAGCAUUUUUUUGUCCAAAGAUUUUCUCUUAAAUAUGAUGUUUUUGCCACUUUGAAGAAUUAAAUUAUACCAAAUGUCAAAUGAACAUGUGCAUCUUGCAUU